AAAUUACUGCCAAUUUAAAGCGAACGUUACGCCUGACCAAUCAAAAGAGAAAAGGGGCUGGACUGCUUCUUACAAUAAAGGUGUGUGAAGAUGCAGAGACGAGGAGAUUUAACAUCAGCAGACCGGAGCAUCAGCAUCUCUCUGACAUCUCAAGCUCGUCCCUCGUUCACCAUGUUGCUGCUCGGACUCUUGCCGCUGAUGCUUCUACAGGGGUGCGGUAGCCAGGCGGCAGACGUUCCCGAGGAUGUGACGGCAGAGUUCUCGGUCAGACUGUACCACCAGCUCCAGAUCACAGAGGGAGAGGAGAACAUCAUCUUCUCACCCCUGAGCGUGGCCCUGGCUCUGGGGAUGGUGGAGCUGGGCGCCCGCGGCUCUUCUUUAGAGGAGAUCAGACAGGCCUUGGGCUACAGUCAAUUCAGAAAAGAUGAGGAGUUCUCUCUGUUGAGCAACCUGACCCAGGCCCUGUCCACGGACGAAGAGCAGUACGUGGUACGGCUGGCCAACUCCCUCUUUCUGCAGACGGGGGUUCACUUCAGCGAGGACUUCCUGCAGCUCAUGAAGAAGUACUUCAAAGCGGAGGUGGAGACGGUGGACUUCAGCCAAUCAGAAGCUGUGGCUGAUCACAUCAACUCUUGGGUGCUGAACCACACGGAGAGCAAAAUCCACAACCUAGUGUCUGCGGACGACUUCAGUAGUUCCACUAUGAUCAUGUUAGCGAAUGCGGUGUACUUCAGGGGCAGCUGGAAGAACCAGUUCAGACCAGAAAACACCAGAACCUUCUCCUUCACCAAAGAUGAUGGCAGUGAAGUUCAGACCUUGAUGAUGUACCAGCAGGGAGAUUUCUAUUACGGAGAGUUCAGCGAUGGCACCACAGAGGCGGGUGGAGUGUACCAGGUGCUGGAGAUGCUCUAUGAAGGUGAAGACAUGAGUAUGAUGAUGGUUCUGCCCCGUCAGGAGGUUCCUCUGGCCUCCCUGGAGCCCAUCAUCAAAGCCCAGCUGCUGGACGAGUGGGCCAACAACGUCAAGAGGCAGAAGGUGGAGGUCUACCUGCCCAGGUUCAAGGUGGAACAAAAGAUUGAUCUGAGAGACACACUGCAGCAGCUGGGCAUCAAGAGCAUCUUCACUAAAGAUGCCAAUCUGACGGCCAUGACAGCCGAGAUGACAGAUGGACAGGAUCUGUUUAUCGGGAAGGCUGUGCAGAAGGCUUACCUGGAGGUGACGGAGGAAGGUGCCGAGGGGGCGGCAGGAUCAGGUAUGAUUGCAUUGACGAGGACACUGGUGCUGUACCCACAGGUCAUGGCUGACCAUCCCUUCUUCUUCAUCAUCAGAAACAGAAAAACAGGAUCCAUCCUCUUCAUGGGCAGAGUUAUGAACCCUGAAGUCAUUGAGCCCUUCGACAAUAACUUUGACAUGUGAAAGCCCAGCAAUCACAAUCUGACACUCACCUCAGUUCAUGCGUAUCUUUAACAUCGUCACGGAAAGCAAACUCAUUACAUUGCCAUGGUUUUCUAAACACACAAGACAAUAUUAUAUAAACAGGUUAUUUAUAUGAUAAAAGUGAUUGUGUUUUGAUACUCGUAAGCUUUAACCGCACCAGGAAGUACAGUGCUGUAAAUAUUUGAAGUUCCUGUAUUUCUUCUCUUGUUUAUUUGUGUUCUGUAGAGAAACAGUGAUAUUUAUUGCAAGGAUGUGAGCACUUCUCUAUGUGUAGACUCACUUAAUGUCUUUUCAUUCUUUUCUCUCUUUUUUGGUUUUGUACAUGGCUGAAUACUGCUGACAUACUAAUAUGCCUUAUUAUAUAAAUAUGAGUUUUUGAUUUCAUGAAAGGUUGCGAAUGUACAGGUAGUGGAGCGCUGUUGCCAUGGAGACUCAGGCGAACCGGAGGAGAGUGCAUUUGAUAUAAGAGAUGAAAAAAUUACCAGCUGUAUUCUCUAUUUCAGAAAUAAAGAUGAAUGUCUUCAA